AUGCAGAACAAACGAAGACCUAUAGAUGCAAUGAACGACGUGAAAAGUGAAAACGACAAGGAGGAAGAGAAACCGUUUCGUCGAACGAUUUUAGGUCACCGGAGCUGUUUCGCGGCAACGAUCGAGGGUUUCGAGAGGAGAAAACAGACCGGAACGGGUUUUUGA